UGGACUCACCACCGCAGGCACUGGGGAUGGGAGAUCGCAGACACCGCUCCGGAGCACGCUCAGGGUGCCGGUGCCAGGGAGGCUGCGCGACGCUUUUCGGGCGGGACUGCCCCGGGGGAAGGUUCAGGGAUAGUCCCCUGGGCCGGCCCUGGCCCUGCGCGCUCUGAGUCCCGAGGAGACGUGUCCGUUGCCCCUCCGGCAGCCCUCGCUGUCCCAGCCAUGGCCACGCGCCUCCUCCGCGGGACCCUGCGCCUGUGGGGUGGCCGCGCUGCACCGUGCCUGCCGCCGGCCUCGAGAUGUUCUCAUUCUGGAGGUGAAGAGCGUCUAGAAACUUCUUCUGCUAAAAAAUUAACAGAUAUAGGAACUAGAAGAAUCUUCUCUUUAGAGCAUGACAUUUUCCGGGAAAGUGUAAGGAAGUUUUUUCAAGAAGAAGUGAUUCCUUUUCAUGCAGAAUGGGAGAAAGCUGGAGAAGUAAGUAGGGAGCUUUGGGAAAAAGCUGGAAAACAAGGACUGCUUGGUAUCAAUAUUGGAGAUCACCAUGGUGGCAUUGGGGGGGACUUGUAUUCAUCAGCUAUUAUUUGGGAGGAGCAAGCAUAUUCAAAUUGUACAGGCCCAGGUUUUAGUCUUCAUUCAGAUAUCGUCAUGCCCUAUAUUUCAAACUAUGGUUCAGAAGAACAGAUUAAGCACUUCAUCCCCGAGAUGGUUGCAGGGAGAUGUAUUGGUGCCAUAGCAAUGACAGAGCCUGGGGCUGGAAGUGAUUUGCAAGGAAUAAGAACAAAUGCCAAAAAGGAUGGAAGUGACUGGAUUCUCAAUGGAAGCAAGGUAUUUGUCACUAAUGGGUGGCUGUGUGACACUGUGAUCGUCGUAGCAGUCACAAAUCGAGAGGCUCACUCUCCUGCCCAUGGCAUUAGCCUUUUUCUGGUGGAAAAUGGAAUGAAAGGAUUUAUCAAGGGACGAAAGAUAGAUAAAAUUGGACUAAAAGCCCAGGAUACUGCAGAAUUUUUCUUUGAAGAUGUACGGUUGCCAGCAGGUGCCCUACUUGGAGAAGAGAAUAAAGGUUUCUAUUACCUCAUGCAAGAGCUUCCACAGGAAAGGCUGAUAGUUUCCGAGAUAGCAGUUUCAGCCAGUGAAUUCAUGUUUGAGGAAACCAGGGACUACGUUAAACAAAGAAAAGCUUUUGGGAAGACAGUUGCAGAUUUACAGACGGUGCAGCAUAAGCUCGCAGAAUUAAAAACAUCCAUAUGUGUAACCAGAGCUUUUGUGGACAGCUGUCUCCAGCUGCACAGAGUGAAACGUCUGGACGUUGCCACUGCUGCCAUGGCGAAAUACUGGGCAUCUGAUUUGCAAAACAGAGUAGCUUAUGACUGUUUGCAGCUGCAUGGAGGUUGGGGAUACAUGUGGGAGUAUCCCAUUGCAAAAGCUUAUGUGGAUGCCCGUGUCCAGGCAAUCUAUGGUGGUACCAAUGAAAUAAUGAAGGAGCUGAUUGCAAGAGAGAUCAUCCAUGACCAGUAGACAUCUGCCCACAUCCCGGAAUCCUAUUACAGCUAAUCUGGUUUUAAAUCUACUCAAGAUAAAAUACAACACAGAAAGGGAAGGAACACUAACCAAGUUUUUAUCUGUUCUCUCUAUAGAGAAAGAAAUCAAAUGCUAAUAUAAGAUUAACUCAGUCAAGGGGAGAAAUCUUUGAAUCCAAAGAUCAUAAAGUUUCCCAAUAUAAGUUUUAAACUGUUAAUUUUUUGCUUAGCUAAAUGGCAAAGAUUCUCUGAUUCUAGAAGCCUUAAUGUUUCAUUUAUCUCUAAAAUUCUAAAAGAGUAUAAAUGCUUUCAGUUCAGUUCAGUUGCUCAGUCGUGUCCAACUCUUUGUGACCCCAUGAAUCGCAGCAUGCCAGGCCUCCCUGUCCAUCACCAACUCCCGGAGUUCACUCAGACUCAAACGUCCAUCGAGUCAGUAUAAAUGCUUAGGUUUUUAAAAUUUAGGCAGAAGUAAUUUUUUAUUAUACUAUUAAAUUUUUUACAGUACAUUGAUUUUGAAAAAGAAGAAUAAAUAUAAAUGACAGUGCAAAAUAAGUUCCAAAUUCCCCAAAACAGUGGUUUCAACCACCCUACCCCUAAACCUGAUUUUAAGUAAUGAAGCACUUUCUUCAGUCCAAAGCUUAUGCCAAGUCCAUGUGAAAUCUUGAUGUGUGAAGCGCUGCUUAGGUUGAAGCAGGAAGCCUCCUACCUUAGGGCCUUAAAACCACUAGGACUCAGCUAAGCAAAUCCCCACAAGAGAAUUCCACUGGUUCCUUAAACCACUGACACCUGGGCUUUCAAGGGACUUCCAUCCCAGUUUAAUUGCUAGGAGAGCACACCAUUAUCCUUAAUAGUUUCAAGAUAUUGGUAUAUUUUAUAGGUACCAAAACAGUGACUUUUAUUUGCGAGCAGUAUAAUUUUUUAAUUAAUUUAACAGAUUUAUACUUUGUGUUGUCACUAUAAGCCAGGCUGUUAAAUUGAUGAAAACUAUGAUUUAAAAAAUUGGCAAGAUCCAUAAGUGAAUAAACAAGUUGUAAUAAGGUAAGAAGUAAAUAAACAAUAAUUUCAAAUCAUGAUAAAGGUAAUAAAGGAAAUGAAGUAUUUUAAAUAGGAAAAAGAAAUGACAUUUAAUUUAAUUAUUACCAAAAAAUAGGCCAUUAAUUUGUAAACUGCCAGCAUCAUUUUAGUACUUGUUUUCAUUUGCAUGUAUUGGUGAGACAGAGAAUAAAGUAGUUUUUAAACGGAAAUAAAUAGAUGUAUUCUUGUUGAACUUAGAAAACCUCGAUAUUUUAUUUGGUGUUGUGGGUAUUAAACAUUGUUUUUUGAUGCAGUCAUUACAACUGGGUAGAGCAGAGAGAAAAGAGAAUACUUUUAUACCAUUCUCUCCUAGUGUCUUACAUAACUUUGAUUUGCUCUUGGGUAGAACUUUGUAUGAUUGUCGACUUGAGUUCUUGCUCAGUAAAUCUACAAAAUGGGUGAAAAUAAAUUCUUAUUAGGUAUUACUGUAUUUGUAGUUUUUACCUCACACCAACUGCCAGGAAAUGAUAGAGAAUUAGAUCAAACACCCCAGCCCAGCCCCAGCUCCCUUCCCAAUCUUAAAGAAAACUAGAUUUUAGGAAUUAAACAUUUGUAGGAAAAACAGUAAAGUAACCUAAAAGGAAAUGCCUACUAUGUAGAGCUGGACAAACCUAGAUUUGAAUGAUGACUGUUACCAUUUAGCAGCUAUUGGACCUUGGGCAAAUUCUGAGUCAGGAUUCUUUCAGGUACAAAUGACAAGGAAAUCCAAUUCAGACUAUCCUAAGCAAAACCUGUGCUGGCUAAAAUGAAUUGUAGAGUAGUUCAUAUAAUCUAAGGAACUGUAGGAACUUAAGGGCCUGAUUCUGGAGUUUAGAACUGCCAGAACUUAGACUGUAUCUGUUUAUCUUUACUUUUCUUUACAAAUUGGCCCAAUGGACACUGCAGAGAAAUUUCAUUACAGGGCCUGUAAAAAUAACCUUGGGCUGCUCCUAGACUACAAAGCUCAGCACAGUGUCAUUAUAAAGUAGGGGGAAAGGUGUACUGUGUUUGACACUCAUCAGGAACACAGACCGGGAGAAGCCAUUCCUGACACAGAGAGUUAGUUCGGUUCAGUUCAAAAAAGGUCCCAUGCACGCAUUGCUGCAUCCCGGGAGUAGGUUCUUGUAAUUUGUAUUUAUCAGAAGGUAAAAGGAUUGUUAAGAUAGGAUAUUUCGAAUGAUCCCUGAAAUCUGUUUUUCUAUUUCUGCAAAUUCAGUCUUCUUUUGCACUCCCUCCAAAGAAGCAAGUGUUGUAUCAUGAACUUAAAGCAUAAAGCAAAACAGGGAGCUCAGAGUGUGUGCCUUAGCUUUUUAUUUAGUUUUCAUUUCUUCAAUAGCUAAUCUUUGUAUUUUGCUUGUGUGGCUUUGAUUGUUGUCCCCCAGGGAAAGGAAUUUAGCAUCUGUAUCUCACGCAGUGCUAAGUGCUCAAGAAA